AGCAAGACGAAGACCUGGAGCUAACGAGGCUGAGGAGACGAAAGAGAAAGAAGCUGUCUUAUGCUUGCCAUAGCAGUGAGAGCAUAGCGUGACCGGAUCGUACUCGGGGCUUCUUCUUUUCUGGUUAUGAUGGCGGCGGGGACUCUGAGUAAUCCGGGGCGAAGGUCGGGUGACAGGAGGAGCAGAGCAGCGGGGGAGAACAAUCCACCACCCGUGCUGCAGGCUGCGGAAAUUCAGGGGGAGAAGCCGGCACGCGCGGCGAACAAGCUGGUCUUCUUGGACCCUUCGGAGGAGGGGUUUGACUUGGAGUACUUUUUGAUGGGCAGUACCGAGGUUUUAGGGAAAGGGACCGUCGGGACGUCUUACAAGACGGUCCUGGAGGACAGGAGGACGGUGGCUGUGAAGAGGCUGAGGGAUGUGGCCUUGCCCGUUGGUGAAUUCAGGAAGACGGUGAACGCAUUGGGAGCGAUGCGACACGAGAAUCUACUCCCCCUGAAGGCUUACUAUUACAGUAGAGACGAGAAGCUCCUGUUGUUCGAUUACGUGCCCCUGAGAAGCUUGUACGGACUUUUACAUGGAGGCAGUCGGUCGGAAAAGACCCUGCUUAGCUGGGAAAUCAGGCGCGGCAUCGCUCUUGGAGCUGCCCGGGCCAUAGAGUACUUGCAUUCUCAAGGUCCCAAUGUCUUCCAUGGAAAAAUCAAGUCAACCAAUGUCCUCCUCACGGCAUCCUAUGAUCCGUUAGUUUCCGAUUACGGCCUGACCCACAUCCAGGCGCCUGCGAAUGGCACAUCGAAGGCCGCUGACCCUCAAAAGGAGGAUGUCUACAGCUUUGGGGUGUUUCUUGUGGAGCUUCUAACUGGGAAAAUGCCUGAUGGGGCUGAUCUUGCAUUUUUGGUUAAGCCCACCACCGGAAAGCACUGGACUGUUGAUGCUUUCGAUCCUGAGUUGGGAGAUUGCCAGAAUUUCCAGGAUGAGUUAGUGGGACUGUUGCACGUGGCGAUGGCUUGUGCAUCCGACUUCCCUCCGACGCGCCCUUCGAUGUCUAAAGUACGGAGGAUGAUUGAAGACCGGCAGUCACAGCCACUGCCCGACCAGAUCAUCCAAGAGAAAGAUGAUUUGUCUAAAAGGACAAGGAAUCUGCCCGAUGGAGGGGUGUUGGAAGUUUCAGACAGAGUCUAUGGUGAAAACACAGAAUCUUUGAGGGGAGAAGAAAUAGCAGCUGUGACAGAAACAAAAAUGGGGGUAACUUCUGUCAGUGACUCGGCAUCCUCAUCGGCUAUCAAUAAUGGUAGUGUGGAAGCUACUGCUGCAGGUGUCUCCAACUCACCGCAAUUCCCUGAUAUGAUGCUGCCGAAACAGGAAAAACAAUACCAGCAGGACGGCUCACCAUCAUCAACCUCCAGGUCAUCUGGAUAUGACUAUGAUGUUUUCUUGAGUUUUAGGGGGCCAGAUACUCGUUUAGGCAUUACAAAUUUCCUCUAUACCAGGUUGUUAGAUGCUAGAAUCCACACAUUUAAGGAUGAUGAAGAGCUCCGAGUUGGAGAGGAGUUUGGUCCUGAGUUGCUCAAAGCUAUCAGCCAAUCAAAAAUUGCAAUUCCCAUCUUUUCCAAGGGCUAUGCCUCUAGUAAAUGGUGUCUUGAUGAGUUGGUCAAAAUUGUGGAGUGUAGUGAAAUAAGGAGACAGAAGGUUAUGCCCAUAUUUUAUGACGUUGCUCCGGCAGAGGUUCGUCAUCAAAUUGGGUCUUAUAAAGAAGCCUUUCUUUUGCAUAAGGAGAAAUUUGGUGCGAAGGUCAGUGAGUGGAAAGCUGCUCUCAAACACGUUGCCGAUCUAAACGGAUGGGACAAUUCAAAGAAGAAUAGAGGUGAAGGAGAACUGAUAGACGAGAUUGUCCAGAAGGUUAUAGAUGAGUUGAAAACGGCUUAUCUGCUGGUGACAGACUACUUGGUCGGAGUUGAAAAUCGUGUGAAGGAAAUCCAUACAAUGAUGUGUGGUGACUCGGAGGAUAUAAGAAUUCUCGGAAUCCAUGGUAUGGGGGGUGUUGGAAAGACUACUCUUGCCAAAAUCAUCUACAACCAGCUGUCACAUAAUUUUGAAGCUCAUUGCUUCCUUUCUAACAUCAGCGAAACUUCGAAGCUAAAGGGCAUCGAAGGUUUACAGAAUCAACUAAUCUCUGACGUUCUAAAAAAAAAGUGGUCAAACAUUAGCAAUGUUGAGGAAGGAAUUAAGAGAAUAAAAGAAAGGUUAUGGGAUAGAAAGGUUCUGGUGCUAUUUGAUGAUGUUGAUCAAAUGACUCAUUGGGAUGCACUGGUAGGAAAACCUGCAUGGUUUGGUUUAGGAAGUACGAUUAUCAUAACUAGUAGAAACAAGGAUAUUAUCGAGGUUCCUGAGGUUAAUUAUCCAUAUGAGCUUAGGAGCAUGAACUUCAAUCAAUCUCUUCAACUUUUUUGCAAACAUGCUUUUGGAAGAGAUUACCCUUCGGAUGACUAUGUUGCUAUCUCCACAGAAGUGGUCAAAAGUACGGGAGGUCUUCCUCUUGCUCUUGAGGCUAUAGGUAAGCUACUUCCGCGUAGAAGGAAAGAUGUUUGGGAUGAGAUAUUGAAGAAGUUGAAACAAGUUCCUCUCAAUGAAGUAAAAAGAAAUUUGAAAAUAAGUUAUGAUGCCUUGGAUAAAUGGCAAAAGCAUCUCUUUCUUGAUAUAGCUUGUCUUUUCACUGGAUUUGAUCAACGGGUAGUGCUCCACUUGUGGAAAGAUUCCAAUCUCUUCCCAGAGGAAGGUCUUGAAGUCCUUCAAAAAAUGUCUUUGAUAAAAAUCGACGAACACAAUAAGCUAUGGAUGCAUGCUCAGCUAAGAGGCCUUGGUAGAGACAUUUUUCGUCGAAAAUGUUAUAAGGAACGAGAACAGCAAACUUGGUUGCGGAACCAUGAGGAAGGUUUGGACAUGGUGAUGGAAACGAAGGGAACAAAAAAAAUUGAAGCUCUUUGCCGAAAGUUUGACCCUCAGUUGAUAUACUGUUUUGCAAAAGAAGAAGUUGAGAGGCUAUCUAAUCUAAGAUACCCUGAAGUGAGGGUUUUCCCGGAUAACUGGCCUUCAAAUGAUUUCCCAGCCAAUCUACAAAACAAUAUGCUUAUGCUUUCCAAGUUGAGAUGCCUUUCGUGGCAUCAUUUUCCCUUGGAAGUUAAGAUCACCAAUUUUUCCAUGAUGAACAUAGUCAUUCUGCAUUUGUGGCACUGCCUUUAUCUAACUGACAUCCAAAGCAUUGAAGGCUUGGCUAGUCUCAGAAUUUUGAAGCUCAUAGAAAUUCCGCUACUGGAGAGAUUACCCGAUUUAUCAAACUUGAAGAAGCUCAAUGAACUACACUUGGGGCACUGCCAUAAUCUAAUUGAUGUGCAAAGCAUUGAAGGCUUGGGGAAUCUCAGAACUUGGAAGCUCAUAGAAAUUCCGCUACUGAAGAGAUUACCUGAUCUAUCAAACUUGAAGAAGCUCACCGAACUUUACUUGCGGUACUGUCAUCGUCUAACUGAAAUAAAAAGCUUUGAUGGUUUGGAGAAUUUGAUGAUCUUAAAGCUAGGUGAACUGCCUCUACUUGAGAGAUUGCCCAAUUUAUCAAACUUGAAGAAGCUUACACAACUUGACCUGCGACGAUGUCAUAAUCUUGUGAAGAUUCAAGGAAGAUUGGAGUCAUUGGAAGACUUGUGCAUACAAGGAUGCAAAUCUUUAGAUGAGGUGCUUGAUCCAGCUUCAAGUUUCAAGAAACUAAAAUCUUUGCGAAUACAUGAUUGCAAGAAGUUACAUCUUGACAGGAUAUGGGUCUCGAAAUUCGAAAUAUCCGAUAGAGUAUAUGGAAAUUCGAAAUGUUUACUACUGAGUAAGAUGGGCAUUUGUGUUUGUCUGCUCGGUAGACAGUUCUUUUUGCCAUCCCUGCCACAGUUAAAAUAG